AUGGCUUCUGAACAUGAGACACCGGGAAAACGAACGAUUGCCACGGUUUUAGACAAGUUAGCCAGAGAGCAUCCGACUAGGUUGGUCUGCAAAGCACCUAAAGGUCCUCGGGUUGCCAAUGGAUUCUCAUCCUUGGAUAUUGGAACUCUGUCCAAGGCCGUGGACUCAACUGCGUGGCUGAUCACCGAAUCUUUUGGAACUCCUGAAAAGGAUGAGGUUCUCCUUUACCUUGGUGACAGUGAUAUUCGGUACCUAGUAUUUGUUGUGGCUUGCCAAAAAGCUGGUUUCAAGCCCUUCCUGCCUUCCACAAAGAACAGCAUUGAUGUGCAGUGUGCGCUCUUGGAAACAACGGGUUGCUCUGGAGUUCUUUUUAGUUCGACUUUAAAACUGCAGGUCGAAGAGAUCAAAGCCUUCAAAGCAUCUGUUGCAGUGAUGGAGGUGCCCAAGUUUGAACAGAUGGUGACGAACUUUUCGCGGUACUAUCCAUAUGACACGGCGUAUCAGGCGAUCGAGGACGAAACUGCGAUUAUAAUACAUAGCUCUGGAACAACAGGUGUUCCCAAGCCAAUCCAUCUUACGCACGGAUUUCUGGGCACCGUGGACAAACAAGGCCAGAUUGCUGUUCCGAAGGGAAGGGUGUCAGCCAUUCCCAAAAAAACCAGACAGAACUACCUUUUCCUCUCCACGGCUCCGUUCUUCCACCUGAUGGGGAUAUAUGCCACGGCAAUGUCUGUUUUCCAAGGGGCCCCAUUUGUCUACCCUCCUCCGACCGCAUCACUCACCAUCGAGACAUUUAUCGAGGUGAUUAGUGCAGAGCAUCCGACUGUUGCUGUCAUUACGCCAGCUUUGGUUGAAGCAGUAGGCCAAUCGGCCACUGCCUUGGAAGCGCUGUCCGCUCUAGAGAUGGUUUGCAUCGGCGGGGCACCUCUAGCACCGGAUAUCGGGGAUACCAUCAACAAGAGAACCAAUCUUGUAUCUGUCCUGGGCGCCAGUGAGCUUGGUCUCAUACCAUCUCUCAUCCCGGAGAACAAAGCAGACUGGGAAUACUUCGAGUGGAACCCGAAUUACCAACUGCGCAUGGAUCCAAGCGGCGAUGACAGCCAGCUGCAUGAACUGGUGAUCCCACGCGGCGAGUCCAGAGAUAUCCACGGGAUCUUUCACACAUUCCCGGAUCUGACGGAGUAUCGCACCAAAGACUUGUUUAGCCCACAUCCGACUCGGCCCAGCCUGUGGAGGUAUGAAGGCCGGCUGGAUGACACAAUCACAUUGAUCAGUGGCCAGAAAAUUAGCCCCAUUCCAAUGGAGAAGAUCAUCGAGGGUCAUCCUCUUGUGUCUCGGGCGGUAGUCAUUGGAAACCGAAGAUCUCAACUGGCGCUCCUUGUCGAGCCUUGUGAGAGCUCAAACCUGUCGAGCAGAAAUGAAUCGGACAUUUCAGAAUACAAACGCACGAUUUGGCCUGCUGUCGAAAAAGUGAAUGAGCUCGCACCUCACGAAGUGCAGAUUGGCAUCAUGAGGAUCGGGCUUGCAUCACGGGGAAAGCCUUUCUGCACGACUCCAAAAGGCAGCACGCAGCGCCGAAAGGUUCUUCAGGACUAUGAAAGGGAGAUCGAGCACGUCUAUCAGCAAGAUGAAUACUGGACCACUUUGUUUAAAAAUGGUUAG